GUCGCCUAGCAACCGUCGCCUGGCAACCGUCGCCGUGGAGACGCAGGGACGCGCAGCCGUGACAGCCGCCACAGCCGAGCUGGGCCCAUUGCGAGCCCAGCGGCCCGGACCCGCGACUGAAGAAGAUGUCUCUGUCCACGCCGGAGCUGCCAUUUUUGCCCGGGAAUUCCUUCAGGGACCCUGCCAAGCCCAGAUUCCAUCGGCUGCAGACGCUGGACUACAGAAAUGGGUACGCGCAGCCACGGGUGGCGAGCGCUGGCGUGGGCGCAGAGGCACCGCAGUGGGGUCCGACGCAAGUGCAGCCCUCUUUGGCCGAGCUGGAGGAGAUGGCCACGCAGCAGGCCCUUCUUACCUAUGGGCCACCCCGCACGCCACCACCACCGCCGUUCGUGCCUGCGCACGUCAUCUGGGACAAGAAGGUGCUGCGGUUCGAUGCCUACUUCAAGCAGAAUGCGGACGAGUAUUCUGACGAAGACGGAUUCAUUCGUCCGGUCAUCAUAUACUAUUACCUGGAGGAUGACAGCAUGGUGGUGAUGGAGCCCCCGGUGGAGAACUCUGGUCUCACGCAGGGGAAGCUCAUGAAGAGGCAGCAAAUGCCUAAGAACAACGAGGGGCACACUUGGCACUGGAAGGACCUCAAUGUGGCGACCAGCAUCACGAUGUACGGCAAGACUUUCCACAUCAUCAACUGCGACCGCUUCACUGCCGAUUUUCUGCAGAGCGAGGGGAUAUUGCUGAAUGAGCCAGAGGCGAUGCCAUCAAAUCCACGCCAGGAGAUGCCUCCGCCUGCUUCGGCUGCCCCAAUGCAAACCGCCUUGGACAAGCUCGGCCAGUUUCUCACCAUGGACCGCAAGGUGCUGAGGUUCUACUGCGUAUGGGAUGACAAGGAGAGCGGCGAGGUUCGGCCGGUGGUGCUGCAGUACUACCUGGUGGACGACACCCUGGAAGUGCGAGAGGUUCACCAGCCCAACGAUGGCCGGGACCCCUUUCCCGUGCUGCUGCGUCGACAGCGCAUCCCCAAGGAUCGUGGCUCCAUCAGCCCUACGUUCCCAUCGUGCGUCCUGGAGCUGUCAGACCAGGAGGUGUCGGGGUGGCUCUCGCCCAAGGACCUGGUCCUAGGGAAGGAGGUGGAGGUAAUGGGACGCCGCUUCUUGCUGUACGACGCGGACCGUUUCACCAAGGACUUCUACCAGAAAUACCUCAAGAUGUCAGAUGUCACUCCCGUGGAACCGCCCCAGCAGUACCCCACGUACUCCAUCACACGGGAAAUUCCACCAUACAAUGGGCUUGGGUCCCUGGAGGACUCGCUGCAAAACUGCCUCACUUUGGUGCCACAGCCGCCCAAGAAGGAUGUUGUUAAAAUGCUGGAGAACAACGGCAAAGUGCUGCGAUACGAGGCUGUGCUGGACUCUGUACGGGCAGUUGAGAGAGGACGGCGUUUUAUCAUCUCGUACUACCUGUCCACGGACACGGUCAGCAUUUACGAGCCGCCCGUUCGUAACUCCGGUAUCGUGGGUGGCAAGGUACUGGAGAAGACACGCAUCUCCAAGCCAGGCACCUCCACCGAGAGCCCGGAGUACUACGGACCAGCCGACUUUGCCAUUGGCGCCACUAUUCACGCUUUUGGACACAGGUACAUUAUCACCGAUGCUGACAAAUAUGUACUCAAGUUUUUAGAGGAGAAUGCUGCGAUGAUCCCACAAGCAACUCUCAAGACCUUUCAACAGAAGCACGACACAGCAAAAUAUGAGGAGCGAGAGCCACUGGAUACUGAAGCAUUGGCUACGGUGCAAGAGCAGUAAUAGUAUAAUGAUUCCCACUGCCAUCCUGCUUCUCCUCUGUAGCUUUUAAAUACUGCAAUACGAUUGAAAUAUAGUAAUUUCAAAUCGCAUUGUUGGAGCCUUAUACUCAGGGCUUAAUUUCCCACUGAAUGAUUUCUGGGUCACCAGUAGGCUGAAGUAUUCACAUGAAUAGUAGCGACAUCCGCAGCGAUAGGUAAAGUGGAUGUGGUGUGCCGGAUGCAACUCAGACAGUCCCAGCUGAAAUCAGGCCCUGCUUAUACCGUAUUUGAGUCAUAUUACAAUGUGGGUGCCGACUAACUACUGUUAUCUUCUAGAUUUGAAGUUUUCGUGACUGCAAGGAUCCAUACUCUUUGGUUCUUUCGGUAAAGUCACGUAGGUAAAAAAAAUGAAAACAACUAAAUUAAAUCACAUUUUUUUUAACCUACGUGAUUUUAUUGAAAGAACCAAAGAGUACUGUUAUCUUUUCAAAUUUUAAUCAGACUUGAUAUUCGAAAACCAUACCUUUGUUUCAUUUUAAUACAUAUAUGUAAAACACAUAAAGGAACACCACAUUAUUUCAAUCAGCACAGGAAGUCAAAACUAACUUUGUAAACUGUGGAGGUUCUCUAGAACAUUAAAAUAUUAACAUCAGUUAAUAUGCUGUCUAGCAACUCAUUACAUGGAUUCAUUUAAACUAGCAAACGUGCUUCUUUUAUUCCCCAAGUUUGAGUAUAAAUCGGUUAAAAAAAAAUUCACCACUGAUGUUAGCCAUAGCUGGUAAUUAAACUUAAUUAAUUGAGUUCAAAGUGCAAUGCGCUAAGCACCGCAUUAUUACUUCACCCCACAUUCUAAUAUAUUGGGGUAAAUAGAGUAUUUUAUAGCAAUAGACACCUUGUUGGCAUGUAUGUGUUUCAUUGGAAAAUGCUUUAUGCAUUUUUUUCUAAAGUGUUGCAGUGCUACACGUUUGGCAUUGAUGUGUGCUGCUAAGUAGUUUUUGUGAAUUGAUUAGAAAUGUUUGAGAAAAUAUUUUUCAAAAGCCCUGUAGAAAUAUUAUCUCUUCAGCUGUUACUUUGGUAUUUUCUGUAUCUUUUAUAGUUCAUACAGAGAAGUGCAUGACGAAAUCCCACGUGGUACAAGAAUGGAAAUCCGUGUAAACUUUUCCCCUUUUCCGGGCUAAAUUGGUAAGAAAUGUAUCCAAAACAUGAUGCAAUAACUUGCUCCUGAAUAAGACUGUGGAGGGAUAUUUUAUUCCAGAAAGAAGCAGACAGAAGAGCGGGUGUACGGAAUGUGCCCUCUCAAUGAUGGUACACACACUGAUAAUAGUCCUGCAAUUCAUUAUUAUCGGUGAACUUCCUCUACAGCAGCUUCACAUUACAGUGUACUGCUAUGUUUACAUGCACAAUGUGUUUCAGAAAAUCCAAAGGCAAUACAAAAAUUAAUAUUGUGGUUCGUGUCAUUACCGUGUUUUUUUUGGGCUGAUAAUAUUUAAUCUUUGAGUGUUAAGAAUGAAAACAUUUAUCUUGCUUUAGAUGCUUGCUAAUUCAGUAAUCACAGUACAGUUUAUGUCUUGUAUGGGUGGGGAAAUUUAGGUUUAUUCCAUCACAUGAAAUGGGGUGAAGAGCUCAUGUUACUGAAUUAACAUGUAAAUGAGAAAUAUCUAAACUCUAAAUUUUGAAUAAAGCAAUUUAAAUGCCUGUAUUAAAGUGUGUGGACACCACUAAAAAAGUUCAACAUAUAUACCACUUUAUCGUUUUGAAGUUUUGUCAUUUUACACUCAUGUGCCCUAAUUGGUGAUAUAGUCCGUUAUUGUAACGAUCAGUAUCUUUAAGUUGGGCACAUGAAUGGAUUUGUGAAUUUUUUUUAAAUGGGACAAACACUGAUUUAGUGGUGUUUGGUUGCAGUUGUACCAUGAAAACCUUGAUGAUAGGGCUGGCAUAUUUUGGCAGUUUUCUGCCUUUCCAAAAAUAAAUCUGCCUGCAACCUACA